AUGGAUCACUCCCUUUUGAUUAUUAUCAUCAUAUUUUCCAUUACCUUUCUUAAAGCAUUUAGAUCACACUUGUUUAAGAAAUCCAAGAAACAAGAAUUGCCCUUGCCCCCUGGUCCCAAACCAUGGCCUAUAAUCGGUAACCUUCCUGAAAUGCUUACGCAUAGGCCUACAUUCCGAUGGAUACAAAACCUAAUGAAGGAAAUGAACACUGAAAUUGCAUGUAUCCGCCUAGGAAAUGUCCAUGUUAUCCCUGUGACUUGCCCGACCAUUGCCCGUGAAUUCUUGAGAAAACAAGAUGCUACUUUCGCUUCUAGACCCAACAGUAUAACCACUUCUCUUAUUAGUCGUGGAUAUCUCACCACAACCCUUGUACCCUUUGGGGAGCAAUGGAAGAAAAUGAGGAGAAUUGUUAGUAAUGAUUUGUUGUCCACCACCACUCACCAACGACUUGAAAAUAAGAGGGUCGAAGAAGCCGAUAACCUUGUAUUUUACAUCUACAACAAGUGCAAAAACAAUGUCAACGAUAAUGUUUGCCUUGUGAAUGUGAGGUAUGUUGCACAACACUAUAGUUGCAAUGUGAUCAAGAAAUUGAUCUUUAGUACAAGGUAUUUUGGGGAGGGUAAGAAGGAUGGAGGUCCUGGUCGUGAGGAAGAGGAACAUGUCGAUUCCAUUUUCACAAUGCUUAAGUACAUUUAUGACUUUAGUGUUUCUGACUAUGUCCCUUUCUUGAGGGGACUUGACUUAGAUGGUCAUGAGGGCAAGGUGAAGAAGGCCUUAGAAAUUGUCGAGAAAUAUCAUGAUCCCAUCAUUGAGCAGCGAAUCAAAGAAAGGAAUAAUGGGUCCAAGAUUGAUGGAGAGGAUUUCCUUGAUAUUCUCAUCUCACUCAAAGAUGCCAACAAUAAUCCAAUGUUGACAACCCAGGAAAUCAAGGCACAAAUCACCGAAUUGAUGAUGGCAGCAAUGGAUAAUCCAACAAAUGCAUUUGAAUGGGGUCUUGGAGAGAUGAUAAACCAACCCAAGUUGCUCCAACGCGCUGUAGAAGAAUUGGACACGGUAGUGGGGAAAGAGAGACUGGUCCAAGAAUCAGACAUUCCAAAGCUCAACUACAUAAAAGCAUGUGCAAGAGAAGCUUUUCGCCUUCACCCUAUUGUGCCUUUCAAUGUUCCCCAUGUGUCUCUCAAAGACACAAUAGUUGGAAACUACCUAAUCCCAAAGGGUAGCCACAUUCUGUUAAGUAGACAAGAACUUGGUCGUAACCCUAAAGUUUGGAAUGAUGAACCGCUCAAGUUCAAGCCAGAACGUCACCUAAUUAAUAAGAGUGAUGUGGUUUUGACCGAUCAAGAUUUGAAUCUCAUAUCAUUCAGCACAGGACGACGUGGUUGUCCAGGAUUCAUGCUUGGAACCACAAUGACUGUGAUGUUAUUUGCUAGGUUACUCCAUGCCUUCACUUGGAUUGCACCACCCAAUGUGUCACACAUCAACCUUGCCGAGUCAAGCCAUGAUAUAUCUCUUGCUCACCCACCUCUCGCACUAGCAAAGCCAAGAUUACCGCCAGAGCUUUACAAUAAAUGAAGUGUUUGUUUAAUGUGUAUCAGCCGACUAUGUUAUUUUGAAUAAAUAAUCUCUUUUUGGCAAACAUUCAAUAAAAAGAGAAAUAAUAAGAGUUGGUGAAGUUUUUAAUA